UCUGUUGUACUUGUCAUUCAGACAUCCCAGGAAUUCAACACGACUAGGAACCAACCAACUCGGGACAACAAGGACAUUUUAAGUUAUAACCGCGUCCUUGUUCCCGAGAGAAUCCGAGGAAGUUUCGUUUGUUGUUAAAAUAGGAAAAGUGUUGAGCACUAUGCAGAUGUGAAGUCCUAUCAACACCUGCUCCCCUUUGCUGUGUACCCCUCUGUAAAGCUACAUCCUCUUCCUCCCACUCAUUGUGAUCAUACAUGCUCUUACAUGAGGAGAGGAGAGAAACCCGAAGGAUACAGACAGAUGAGGCCCAAAACGUUUCCCGCCAGCAACUACAGUGGUAACAGUCAACAAAUGUUGCAGGAAAUACGCAACAGCCUGCGCAACCUGUCAAAACCCUCUGACCCACCUAAAAAUGACAUUGGAGUUUCUGGGAAAAUGCUGCCUGAAGACCCAAGACAACAGGGACGCUGCAGCAACCCCAAAAACCAGUACCAUAAGGCACUGCAGGAGAUCCGCAAGUCCCUGCUGCCCUUUGCAAACGAGCCCAGUACUUCAGGCUCAGCGGCGGAGGGGAACAAACACAUGUCACUAGAGCCUCAAUGUGCUGGUUUUGAUGAGUCAAGCAACAGUCGUAAUGUGGUGGGUUUGGACUAUAUGAGUAAGGUGAACUACCCAGACUCAAUAAGGGAACAGAUGGCUGUUACCAACCCCAGCAGCUCAGGCCUGAAAGCCUCAGGUUCAUCCCAUAUGCAACAGCCUGUGUUGAGGAGACCGAGCUGGAAGGGCUCUAAGGAGUCUUUAGCUCCACGACAUGGGCCCCUCAUGGUGGAUCCAAUGUUGUACCGCUCUGACAGUCCUGGACCACCACCUGCAUUCCCCCAGGGUCACCCUGCUAACAACCAGAGAGUCAAUCCUCCUCUGCCACCUCAGGUACGCAGUGUCACACCCCCACCAAACCGUGGUCCUAUGCCUCCUGCACCUUCCUGGGACAACCCAUCAACCAAGCGCUACUCUGGCAACAUGGAUUAUCUUGUGCCUCGCAUCUCUCCAGUGCCACAGGGGGCGUGGCCUGAUGCUUACCCACCUGCAGUGCCUCAGAAUCAGCGUGGAAUCAGCCCUCUUCCUGUGGGCCACCAGCCUAUUAUAAUGCAAAGUUCUGGGGGCAAUAAAUUUACCUUCCCCUCCAGCUGGUCUCAAAAUGGCUCCUCACAGCCAGACUACAUGCCAGGAGGCAGCAGACAGCCUCCACCUCCCUACCCAGUCAACCAGAGCAACCGACACAGUCCCACUGACCAGGUAGGAGGUCCGGCAUCUUCUCCUUCAUAUGUUAAUGGAGGAAACAUCCCUCAGUCCAUGAUGGUGUCCAACAGGAACAGUCACAACAUCGACGUGUACAGUCCUCCUCAGCCCUGGUCCCAAGCCCCACUGAACCCCAACCAGUCCCCAUCUUCAUCUGGGAACAGCAGCAAUCAGGAUCUGUCUCCAUCAUGGCAGCACAGCAUGGUGGCCCGCUCCAACUCGUUCACCAACCACCAGCUGAAUGGCAGAGCAGCCCACCCAGCCAGUUCACAGCCCUCUGCCACCACAGUCACUGCCAUCACCCAGGCCCCCAUCCUGCAGCCGGUUAAAAGCAUGCGAGUCCAGAAACCAGAACUACACACUGCUGUUGCUCCUACACACCCUCCAUGGAUGCAGCAAGCUCCACCCCCUCCAGCAGCACCUGCUUACCCAGAACCCUCAGCCCCUGUGCCUCAGAUACCUGUAGUAGCAGAGGUUCCCAGCUACCAGGGUCCGCCUCCACCUUACCCUAAGCACCUUCUCCAGCAGCCGGCUGCACCGUGCCCACCUGCAUACGAUCCAGCAGCCGGGAAACUCAGUUCAGGCAGGGAUGAGCCCAGUGAAGAGGAAGUUAGUGACAACUUGCGAGAUAAAGCAGCAGAAAAUCCAGAAAGCUCCACUGCAGCGACAGAGAAAGAGAAGAAACAGAUCACAACAUCACCAGUUCCUGUACGACGUAACAAGAAGGAUGAAGAGAGGAGGGGGGAAUCCGGCAGAGUGGCCCUGUACUCCCCUCAGGCCUUCAAGUUCUUCAUGGAGCAACAUGUGGAGAAUAUUCUGAAGAACCACCAGCAGCGGAUUCGCAGGAGGAAGCAGCUGGAGAGCGAGAUGCAGAGGGUGGGGUUGUCUGUUGAGGCCCAGGAGCAGAUGCGUAUGAUGCUCUGCCAGAAGGAGUCCAAUUACAUCCGGCUAAAGCGAGCCAAGAUGGAUAAGUCCAUGUUCAAGCGGAUCAAGACCCUUGGUAUUGGAGCCUUUGGUGAGGUUUGCUUGGCCAGGAAAGAGGACACUGGAGCGCUGUACGCCAUGAAGACGCUUCGAAAGAAGGACGUGCUGCUGAGGAAUCAAGUGGCCCACGUUAAGGCUGAGAGGGACAUUCUGGCAGAGGCCGACAACGAAUGGGUGGUGCGGCUCUACUACUCCUUUCAAGACAAGGACAACCUGUACUUCGUCAUGGAGUACAUCCCUGGAGGAGACAUGAUGAGCCUUCUCAUUCGCCUUGGCAUCUUCAAAGAAGAGCUGGCCCAGUUUUACAUCGCAGAGCUCACCUGUGCAGUGGAGAGUGUCCACAAGAUGGGCUUCAUCCACAGAGACAUCAAGCCUGAUAACAUCCUCAUAGACCGAGACGGACACAUAAAGCUCACUGACUUCGGCCUUUGCACAGGAUUCCGCUGGACACACGACUCCAAGUAUUACCAAAGUGGGGACCAUGUCAGGCAGGAUAGCAUGGAUUUUAGUAAGGAAUGGGAAGACCCAGCAAACUGCCGCUGCACAGACCGUCUGAAGCCUCUGGAGAGGAGGAAGGCCAGGCAGCACCAGAGAUGUCUGGCUCAUUCAUUAGUCGGGACCCCUAACUACAUCGCCCCAGAAGUUCUACUCCGAACAGGAUACACUCAGCUCUGUGAUUGGUGGAGCGUUGGCGUCAUCCUGUAUGAAAUGGUUGUUGGACAGCCUCCCUUCUUGGCAACCACCCCUCUGGAAACGCAGCUGAAGGUGAUCAACUGGAAGAGCACGCUGCACAUUCCCCUUCCAGCCAAGCUCAGCCCAGAGGCGUCCGAUCUUAUCAUCAAACUGUGCCGCGGCCCCGAGGAUCGACUGGGUAAGAACGGUGCGGAUGAAAUCAAAGCUCAUCCGUUCUUCAAAUUCAUCGACUUCUCCAGCGACCUCCGGCAGCAGGAGGCGCCGUACGUCCCCACCAUCGCCCACUCCACAGACACCUCCAACUUCGACCCCGUGGAUCCGGAUAAACUGUGGAGCACGGACAGCGAGGGCGAAGACAACCACAACGACACCCUCAACUGCUGGUUCCGCAACGGCAAACACCCUGAACACGCCUUCUACGAGUUCACCUUCCGCCGCUUCUUCGACGAUAACGGUCAUCCGUACAGCUGCCCCAAACCCAUCGAAUACGAGGGCUACAACGAGGACGAGGCGGACUCAGAGGGCCCCGUUCAGGAGGCAGACGGCUCCCCGGCGGCUCAGGGCCGGGACCUGGUCUACGUGUAGCACUAGCUGCUUGUACAUAAUGAGUUUGUGGAAGGUUCCUGUGUGUGUGAAGGGGGUUACAAAGGUACAGCAUUUAGAAAUCACAACGUAGGAAAGCAUUUGUUUUCGGAGCGUUCUGCAGCACUCAGCCACAUUAACGGAAAAGACCAGAGUGCAUCAGCCUCUCCACUAGUUUGUGCACUUUUUGGCUCCUGAUGCUCAUUUGCUCUUGCUACCUGAUGAAAAGAUUCAAAGAUUGACUCUUUCAAAACAAGUCUGAAAAACUUUAUCCAUGAAUGUGACCAAAAGUAAGAACAGUCAUUAACCCCUGGCACUCAAACGUACUUAUACUUAUUUAUUUUAGCUGGAAACACUAAUAAUAGCACACGAGUUUCGACGCCCGUUGCCACAACACACCAUUCAUUAUAGUAACAUUUUCCACCCAGAUGACAGGCAGUAGCUACAGUCUGGAUUACAUCACACUUUAAUUUUCAUGUUCAGUUGACUAAAUGAGCUGCUGCUUCCCUCCCAUCACUGAACAGACUUUUUUUUUUUCUUUUUUUACUCUUUAAAAAGUCACAAUUGUUACUUGUUUUUAAGUCAUUGAAGGGUCUCAACCAUCACCAGAAAAACACUAAAUUGGCAGAACCGACUACAGGACCACUGCUCUUAGGUUUUAUUCGGCUCCUCGUCGCUGAGCAGCAGAUGUUUAUUGAUGCAGCACAUUCAUAUGGGGUUUUGGACCUAGGGCUGGGUGAUACGGCUGGAAAUGUUCACAUGGGUCCAUAUCGAUGAUGAUCAACACAAAUGUCAAAUCAUUACUUGUUUAAAGUUUAAAGGCUGAGUUUUGGUCGAAUGGUUAUUUAUGAUUUUAGAGGUAGAACUCUCAAAAUUUAAGAAUGAUCAAAAUAUUAUAAAAGCUCACAAUGGUAACAGUUUAUGGGGUUUUUUUUGGUGGUAAAAGCAAAAUAAACACUAACGACAUGGCCAGAAAUUUUUAUAAUCUUAGCUGGUGAUCGGUAAGAAAAGUUAUCGCUGUAAAGUCUAAAAAUUAUGUUGCCAUAUGAUCCAAACCCUAAUCACAGCUGAAAAUCCUACACAACUGAUGAUAAUAAUAAUAAUACAUUUUAUUUAUGGCUUCCCCUUGCAGUGCUUAAAUACAAGAAAGAAUGGUGCAGUUAUGUGUAAGGAUAAGUUAACAUAGUAAAUAGAUGAUACUGUUAAAAAGACAAAAAAAAUAAGACAAUAGAAUAAAAGUUUACAACACAAAUAUAGUAAAGUAACUCCAUUAAGUUAAAAUGACUCGAUGGUCUUUAAUUUAACACAAUAACAUGAACAAUCUAAACAGUUUUGUCAACAAACCAGGGUAUAAUGUCUGGAAUUUCUAUUUCUGAUUAUUUAGGAUUUUAAGUCUCAUAACUUUUCAGAGGAUGACACUGAAAUUAUAGGAGUCUUGUACAUCAGAGGUGGCGAGCGCAAAGAUGAGCCAAAAACUGCUCAAAGUAAGUCUACAAAUCGUAUGAAUAUCGGAGCUGAGUGCGACGGGUGCUGCCUGAAAACCUACGUCAAACAGGAAGUAGAAAAUGUCUUAAAGCAAACCCCCUUAAAGCCUUAAUUUAUUAAAAAAACAAACCUGUACCUGGUGACGAUAGUGUAGAUGCUGUUUGAGUGUGGGAAUUAUUGUUGUUGGAAUUCCAUUUAUUGGUCUUAAUUUAUAUUGUCGUGUCUGUUGACGGGGACUUAGAUGAGAGCUGUAGAACUGUGCAGGGAUAAAUUGCUCUAAUUAUUCAUUGCUGUGCCUUUUUUUUUUUUUUUUGGAUCAUUUAUCUUUCACCAAAUAUAAAGAGGGUUAAUAAUCAGACUGGCAUUUUUCGUAGCUGUAGCCGAUUGAACUAGUCGUUUUAUUUUUCUAAUUUAUACUUAAAACGUAUUUAUAAAUUAAGUUGUAUACAGUCGAUGUAAAUAAUUGCCUCUUCCCUAUCUGUCAGCUGAUUAUUUGUUUUUUCCUUAGGGCAGGCCCUCGUCAGUGUCCACUGCUGCUGCCUUCUGUCGAUACGUUGUGUGAUUUGUGAUUUGACAACCUGAAACACCCACAACACUAACACACAUUGGACUUUGAGUAGAUGUGUCUUUUUCGUCUGUUUUACUGUCUUUUAUCGCCAUUCCAGCUUCACUCUUGUCUCUCAACCAAAGCACUAAAUAGGUCAGUUUUCACCUUUUUGUACAGAAGUUCAGAAAAUAACACAUCACAGAUUAAAUCAGAUAGUCAGUGCUUAAAAACUGGUUCUUUAAGGUCUUUGUGGAUGUUUUUAUGCUGAAUUAAAAAAACAAAAACAAAAAGUAACUGGAUAGAUGGAGUGGAGAGAAAAGCUCCUUCUUGCCACAUAUCACAUAUCUCGUUUUGUAACCGGCUGUACUUUGUGUUUAGGAAACAUCUCUGAAUGUAGUUACACACUAAUGGUGACCACUGGCAUUCUGCACUGGUUUUGUGUUACGUAAGUGAGAGAAUUUUAUUUUUGUGUACAUUGUUUCUCUGGGAGGUUGGGUACCGGGACGAGGGUCAUAAAUAAAGAAUGUAAAGAACAUGCA